UAAUGUAUUUUUCCUUGAGCUUCCAAACCGCCUAUACUCCGCCGCGCUGCCCUCCCCUGAAGAGAUGUGGAGAUCGACGAUUAGUGUUGGUAGAAAAGCUCUUCUCAGAAGGCUCGAACCAAAAUUAAAGCAUUCCAUACUCCAAAGCGCUUCUCAGGUAUGCUACUCAAUUGAAUCUCCAUUGAAUCCAAUUCCAGAUUUCACGGCUUCCAGGAACUGCGUUUGCCAAUACUCCUUUAGGUUUUUCUCAUCAAAUCCGUCACUCGAUUCCGAAGAAUCUGAGUAUGAGGAAAAAUCCGAGGAUGGAUCUUCCUCUGUUUUCAGUAAAGGCGUCGAAAAUUGUGACGUUCCGUUUGUUGUUAAGGAGGAGGAUGGUGAGCCUGAGGUGUCUCUAGGAGAGGAGGGGAUGUAGAAGGUGGAGGAUGGUGAUUCUGUUGAGAAGCUGGAAAGAAUGUUGUCUUUGCUUCAGAGCAGUGGAAUGGUUGAGGAGGGGUCCUUAGAGUCUAGCCUGGAGGAUAUUGGUUUGAAUGUCGAUAAGGAGCAUAUCAUAAAAGUGCUCGAAACCAAGUAUAUUCCUGGGGAGAAUUUGAUUGAGUUUUUCAGUUGGGCUUCAAGGAGACCUGGGAUGGCACUGAGUACCACCAUGGUUGAAAUGCUGACCAGGGCGAUAUGUAGUGGGGAAACAAUGAGAGAUGCCUAUGCUCUGUGGAAUUUGUUGAAGGAGCUUGGAGAAAAGGAGAUUGGAGUCUUGAGUACUCACAUACUUAACGAGUUGAUAUCUUUCUUUUCGAGGUUUGCUAAGGGCAAGGCAGCUUAUGAGGUGUUCAACAAGUUUGGGGAUUUUGGUUGUGAACCCAAUUCUGAUACAUAUUAUUUCACAAUCGAGGCUGUUUCUAGGCGUAAAAUUUAUGAUUGGGCCAGCUCUGUUAGUGAGAAGAUGCUAGGUGCUCAAAAGUUGCCUGAUUCUUGUAGAGUAGGAAAGAUCAUUUCCUUUUUGUGUAAAGGAGACAAGGCUAGAGAUGCACAUCUUGUUUACAUGGCUGCAAAGGGGAAUUGAGUUAGUCUUCCUCAGACUUGUGUUAAUUUAUUGAUUAAGUCUCUCUGUGACAAAGAUGAUGAAGAUGUUUACUCUGCACUGGAGAUGGUGCAGGAAUUUUCACAAGAUGAACGGAGGCAUGCCAUUUAUACAUUUUCUUCAGUUAUUCAAGGGUUAUGUAGGCCUAAAGACGACGGGGAAAAGAAGGUUCAAGAGGCCAAAAAUUUGCUCCUGAGUAUGGUCGAUGCAGGUCCACCUCCAGGUAAUGGGGUCUUCAAUACACUUAUUACUGCACUAUCCAAACAAGGUGAUAUGGAAGAGGCAACAAAGUUGGUGAAAAUGAUGGAGGACAGGGGCCUGAAACCUGAUGUUUACACAUACACCGUAAUUAUAAGUGGUUAUGUGAGGAAGCUCGAGAUGGAUGAGGCUCGUAAAAUUUUGGAUGAUGUCAAGGAGAAACACUCUAAGCUCAGCUCAGCUACAUAUCAUACGCUUAUCCGUGGUGGAUAUUGCAAGCUCGAACAGUUUGACGAGGCUCUUGCAUUAUUGAGAGAGAUGAAGGAACCCAGUGCGGAUGAAUAUAAUAAGCUCAUCCAAUCUCUUUGCCUAAACGCCGUGGAUUGGGAAAAGGCUGAGAAGCUACUGGAGGAGAUGAAGGGGAAUGGGGUGCAGCUUAAUGCAAUUACAAAAGGUCUUAUAAGAGCAGUUAAGGAGAUGGAGCAGGAUGAAUUAGAAAGGAAAGAAAUGAGAGUAUUCUUGUAGCAUUUACUAUUUUGACGAUAAUUGCAGGUGAGUUCUUAGAUUCUUUUUGUUUUCCUUGAUUGCGUUUUCUCAUUCAAAGCUUAGAAGAAGUAAGUUUUGUCUUUCUCCUA